AAAACCAGGGCCUCCGCUGCAAAAUACAGCCAAGAGCAGCACUGAGUGGAGGCAGACGGGGAAGUACAGGGGGCUGUUAGUGUGCAAGUCAGUCACGCAAACAUUUCUUUGCUUGUAUUUGGGUUGGUGUUGUGAUAUAUCUCGAAAAAUGUCCAGCAGCAAGGAGGCCAGACAGUUUGAUACCAUGACAACAGCUGCCCCAGAGGACACUCAGGGUGAUGGUUUAAAGUCCAGAGAGGAACAAGAGGAGAAACUGAUCCUGACCGCCUGGCAAAGCAUGUCGGCAGCUCUGCGGCAGCACAGUCUGUGUAAGGACUCCAGAGCUCCAGGCCCGGCUCAGUCGUUCCUGGCCAAGCAGAGGCAGUCCACCCAGGCCAGAAGGUGGCUCUCCCCCACGCUGCAGCCCAGGUAGGAGCCUCCGUCCGCAGGGAGAAAUUGAAGCGUGCAACCCACACAUGGGCAUGAUGGAGAGCAAGAUUGUGAAAGGAGUGUGAAUUUUCUGUCAUUUUCUUUAUUGAGUCACUGCCUGUGCUCUGUUUGGUUUGCUGCUAUCACCCUCUGCUGGUCAAUGUUGGAACUGUAGUGAUAUUUGGGACUUGAUGUAAAAACUAAAUAGUAAGUGUUAUAAAUUAUUGUUUUGAUCUGUUAUUCCUAUAUGUGUGCUUGUUAAUAACCACCAGAAUGUAUGCUCCAUCCGUCGUUGUAUAAUACAGAUACAUUUAUUGCUGCAUGUAAGAUACAAGUUCCUUUAGAAAUGAUGCCAAACACUAAUAAUGACUUUUCAUUUUGUCAAUAAUGUAAAACGUUUGUUAUCUCAUUCAUUUAAUUCAGUAUUUGUUUAAAUUAA